AUGGUCUUCGGGCGUCGCAAAAGAAGUGCCUCUGCCCAUUACCAGCCACUCUCCACACCCGCUGCGCAAUCCGCCCAGUCCGCCGCCAGCCAUGCCUUCCUAAGAUCCCAGCCUUCCGCGGCGAGCCUGUCCUCCGCAGCGGCAGCGGCAGCUCUCCGCAAUUCCACACCUACCCCAACCCCCAUCGAAAAUGUCCAGACAAAACGCAUGAUGCAGCGACGGGUCUCGACCCAGUCGCAGGUCAAUCCUGUUGGCGGUCGCCGCUCGGCCAGUAUGAGCGACACCCUGCGUCGCUCUAGCAGUAAUAGCUCGAUGAGCGCACGCACGUUUCGCGAACAGUCGCCCCAUCGCCCAGCGACGAGCUCAGGACCCGUCUCUCCACCUCUUGAUGUACCACCAUUACCCUCUGUUCCAACUCAGUUUGUCCCGCGCAAAAAUCAAAAUCGCCGGGCGAUGAGUAUGGAGCCAUCAAUGCGUUUGUCUCCAUCGUCUCCGCCGCGCGCUGGGACGAGGGCCAUGGAUCGUCAACAAGGACGAGGAUCCCCGAUUCAGAUCGCCACGCACGAACGCGUGACUAGUCUUGGGACUGUGCCCGAGUUGGAACGAGCAGCGAGUCGGAAUUCCGUGAAUUUCUCGUAUCCUAUGGGCUCGCGACCUACCUCGCCGAUUGCAAUGUCGAGCAAUAAUUCGAUGACACUGGACGGUGCUAUUCAAGAAACUAUCGCCGAGGUGGGCGAGAAGCCGACAAAGGAAACAUUUACUGCGCAACCAUCUGGAAGUCUGGAGGGAAGCCCCGUUGCAAACAAGUCUGGGCCUUUGGCUGGCACUGCUGCUACCGCUGCAGCUCAAGCAGUCAGUGCACAGCAUGACAGCCCGACUGCGAAUUUCCGGGCUAGAAAGGUGCAAUAUAAGCCGGAAGAGACCGAUUCAUCAGAUCAAUAUACGGAUAAUGCAAUACCUGUCGUGGCUCGUGGCGGGGAGAACGAACACCCAUCUUCGCGAGCUCUGCCUGAUCGGUGGCCAUCUACUGUCCGAGCAGACAUACCCAAAAUUCCUGAUCCAAAUAUCGAAGAUUUGAGCGUCCGACAAAGUAGAACCCAGAUGGCGAGUGUACCAUCAAUUGCCGAUCACAUCGAGAUAGUGCCACUGCCUCCAUCUCCACCAUCGGAACUGCAAAUAGGAGAUCAGCCCCAGUUCCGGCAGUCGAGCAGUCCAGGCCGAUCUACUCGAUUCUCCAGGUUACUCUCCGUGGCAGAUGCCAGUGAUCACGUCCACGAGCCUCCGCCGAGAUCAGUAUCACCUGUCAAAUCAGCCCUCAAACAUCCGAGGGGAACCUCUACAUCGCCUGAUAGGCGGUCCGGGGCAACUGGUCAAGUCUUGCCACCAAGCGAGCUAUCAGACGGUACCUCUGUGGCCUCAGACGAAGGCCUGCGGACUGGCGGCAAGAAAAAGUCCGUCAAGGUCAGUUUCGACGACGAGGCUGAGGUUGUUGGUGUGGCGGCCAGCCCUCCUACCUCCCCAGAUGAAUACAUACCUGAAUCUCCACCCUGUGGUAAAACGAAGUCUCGUAUGAGUUGGCUUGGUGUGGGCAAGAAGAAGUCCUUGCCGGAUUUUGCGAGUGAUGAUGACUGGGAUGUGGUGAUGAAACCACGACAAGUUCUUCCAUCAUUCGGUAGUAUUCGGGGUAGCCGAGGGGGCGGUCUUCAAAGGUCACCAAUUCCAGAUUUCAGUGACAAUGAGUCCAGCUCAUCAUCUGAAUCCGACGUGGAGUCGAAACCCAAUAUGUCGUUUUCAAAUGACCAUGCUGUCGGAAGUAUUCUUCCCAACAUUCACCUAAACGGACAAUUCCAGCCACGGGAUGUGAGUGCUCUAGAGCAAUUGUCUGUCAGCGGCACAUUGCCCACCUCCCAAGCGAAAACCAGCCCAAAGGCUGAACCAUCCAAACUGGAUUAUGGUUUCAUCAGUGGCAUCGACAAGGCACGGCCGUAUGCCGGCGUAAGCUCUGAUUUAGCUGUGCCAGCUAUUGCCGUUGAACCUGCUACGCCCCCAGCAGACGAAAUAAAGCAGAAUUUCGACCCGAAGAGAUCUAGCAUGGACCAGUUUAGGAUUCCAGGUGGGUUCCCGCCAUCUGGCUCAGACCGCAGUAUCGGUGCGACUGCGAAAAAGACCAAUGACCAAACUGUGGCGAGCACUGUUCCCAAGCUGGAUGACGUGGAUACCGGGGAGGAGUCUGGUGAUAGCGUCUAUAGUGAUGCGCCGGAAGACAUUGACGGCGAUGGGUUUGGAUCCAUCAAUGCUAUCGUUGAUAGACGCUCGCCCCCUAGGUCGACACCGACCCUAGAGGUUGUGAGCGAAUCUCGUGACGCAACACCGAAACCUUUGAGUCGGGUCGCAGUCGUGGAUAAUCUAUCGGAAGAUGUGACAGAGCAGCCACUCGAAGAAGUGCGCUCCACAACACCGACUCAAGAUUCGGUUAAUCGAUUGGUAUCUGAAUCUGCCGCCUCCUCGAUUGGUCAUGGAUUUGACUCUGCGUACCAGCCAGUGCCAAUCAAGUUGCAAGCUCGCAAUGCGCCUGCUCAAAAUGGCAGUGUCCAAGCUCAGCGUACGACGCAAACCCGCCCUAUGUCUGUGGAUGUGAAUGGUGCAUCUCGGAUGCAGGAUCCUCGAUGGUCGAGCAAUGACACUCCUCCGCGAGGUGGCAAGAAUAAGCCACGCCCAAUGUCUGUUGGUCCAGCUUUCCACAAAUCAGCAGGUCAGCCUGGUUUCCCUAGCACUCUCCGCCGCACCAGGUCAAGUGGAAGUGAUUCCUCAAGCAGCUUCAAACGCUCUUCUCCGCGUGGAGACCCGCACACCAUGCGGCGAACGAUGAGAGCUGGUGCUGCUGGCACCAACGUUCGAGUUCAAUCUCCCACGGAACGAAAUGAGUCCCCACUUGAACAUCGGCCUCUUUCGUCUGGCUCCUCAAAUGGCACAAUGCGCAAGACUCUUCGGGGGCCUGCUGCCGGUGAGCGAUAUUCGUUCUUCUCGACGAAUAAGAAAUCACCGCCGAGAGCGAAGUUUACCAAGCCGCCUCCCAGAUCGGCACGCGGAACACGGUUUGUAGACUCCGAUGGCGAGGAUGAGCCCCGGCCCCAGGUUUUCGCCAGUCGGUUUGCAGAUUCCAGCGAUGAAGAUGAGCCUAGAAACAAUGUGCUACGUCCUGUCCGAGGUAUUCCCCGUCGCCAAGGUGCCGAUGACGGUGACUCGACAGAAUUGGACGAUAGCUCCGAGGAAGGUCCCGGGCAGCAAGCGCAGCCAGUGCGUGCAUCCAAUCACAUGGGCUCCCCACCAGGGUCUCGCGGGAAGAGCUCACAAAAGAACGCUCCAAACAUGUCUGGAAUGGCAGCUGUGGCUAAACAACGCGGUAUGUCGCAGAGAGAUUUGGAGGAGUUCCUUAUGGCGCCUCCCCGUGGUCGCCCAGGACUUCUCACCCGACUUGGCCUCAAGAAGUCCAAGAACUCGGAACACAUAAUUCGCAAGGCAGAUGCUCAAAGCCCCUCCCGGACAGACAUGCCACUAGAGCGGUCACGCAUGGAGCGGGAACACUUGCGCAGUGAGAGCAUGCUAAAUGGAAACUAUGGAACCACAAUAACCACAGUCUCUGCUGAGAAUCCUCUCCCCACUCGCUCGUCGUCCAAGCUGGUUAAGAGGAACUCCAAACGCCUGUCGACAGGACCAGAUGCCUGGCCUCUCCGCGGUGAUGUCAAGCAAGAAGAACCACUCCAGCCAGUUGCAGAACAAUCGCGCGGCGCCCAAUCGUCCCCUGUGCAAGCGCAGGAUCCUGCACCGUCAACAGCUGAUGCAGCUGCCCCACGCAAUGAAACCCCCGUGGUUAAUGGGCAUGGCGCUCAUGGUGCAUCUCCAAUUGAGAAAGAGCCCGAGGCACCCCGCGGUGGGCCAAAUCCAAACAACGACAGCACCUCCGAGAUAACGAAUCCCGAAGAGCAUGGGAUGUCGGCGCGCGACGUCGUGAUCACUGGCUCCGGACGAAAGAAACGAUUUCCUCUUCUUCGGAAGGCAUUCGGUCUGCGCAACUGA